AUGAACUCGAUCCCAUCUUCAACACCCCCAACCUCUCCGCCACCCGUCCCCACCAAGCUAGGCCGUGCCCGCUCAGCAAGUCGUACCUUCUCCGAAGCCCAAGCCGACCUGGACCAACAACGCCAACAGGACUCUUUGAGAGCGAGAGCGAUGGACCACUUGGACGAGAUGCCCGGAUUGUUGACACGACCUGGCGUCGGGAAGGGGAUCGAUGGAGGUGGCGAGGGGAUCACCCCGGGCGAGUUCAGGGCCGAGGUGAGUGGUGGGGCCGCUGCUUUGCUUUUGUUUCGGCGGGAAACGUGGUCCGGGCCUGGCUGCAGGCUCGGGACCGGGUUCGGAAAAGCUGUAGCAAUGUUCACGGGAAAGCUGACCAUGUCAUCCAAUUUGUAGAUGGAGACUCUACUACUGCUUCGAAGGCGGUCACUUUCCCAACCUACGACCGUCGAUCCAGAUCUGCCCCCACCUACCUCGCCCACGGGUGCGAACCACCCUUAUAUGCAUUCCCCUCCGGGGUCUCCAACAUCCCCGACUUUUUCCUCCACCUCGAAACCUUCCCUCUCGAUCCAAAUCACCAAAGCCAACCAACUCGGGCCAUCGGGGAAUCCGGUCUCUCCGACAGCCCCUACCGCGGCAGAAACGGGGACGCUCGUGCGACGUCGAUCUUCUGCCGCGGGCACACGUCCGAUGCUCCCAUUACCCAGCGACCAUCCUCUACCACCUCCGAUAUCAUCGGCAUCGUCUUCCGGCACCCCUUCGAUGUUGGCACCCCUCGCCGUCGGCAUCCCUUCGUCCUCAGCGCCGGCCUCGUCGUCCCCCCCACCUUCCCCGACGGCGCUCUACGACGGUCGGUCCGCCGCGCACGCCUCGCAAGAACUUUUCUGGCUACCCGCAUCCCUUCACCCCGAGCUCGCACCCCAGGAAUUCAAAGCGUUCAUUCGAGAACAAACGCGACCCGAUAACCUCGCGAGACGUACGAGCCUCAGCGCCGCCGCCGGAAGAGGGAUCCGCAGCACGGGUGCGAGAACGAGUUCGUUGGGUGCGACGUUGGGUGAUUCGGUCGGUCGGUUGGAUCGGAGGAAGAGUAUGCUUCGAGGUGAAUACAAACCUCGUACCGACGACGGCGUAGGCGAGGCAUCGAGUGAGGGUCCGACUUCCGAGCCUAAGCGGCUCAGUAGGGGUAAAUCCGAAGGCGCGUUCGGUAGUGGUUCCCAAGGAUCGAGAAGAACGUCGGGCAGGAUCAACUUUGACGAGUUGACCAUUAGCGACUUGCAGAGGUUGGAGGAGUUGGCGGCGAGGGCCGAGGCCGAAGCGGCGACCGAAGGGGAGGGAGAGGGAGAACGGCUCGGUAGGGUCUUGAGGAGGAGUUUGAGUCUCAAUCCGUCGAACCUCGUCGCGCAGGCGUAUGGCUCGGCCGCUCAUUCGAGCACGGACGUCGACUUUGAUGGGCUCGCUUCGUUGUCGUCUGCGGGUGGUGCGAGUGGAGCAACCGACGAACGAUCGGCGAGCCCCGUACCGGCUCUCGACGACGACGCCUCCGCGGCCGACAGCCCUCUCCUCGUCCAUUCCCCAGGUCAAAUUUUGCGCCGAAGUGCUCGUACCAAGAUUCGUAAAGCCGGUCUCAUCGGCGAUGGCAAUGGUCAUCGAUUCGGACCUUCGCGCCGGCAAAGGGUCACUUCGAACGAGUGGGCGACGAAUCCGAGUGACGAGGCGCAGGGGGAAUCGAGCUUUGAAUCGAGUGAGAGUUUGGACGAGAAGGGAAGUGCGGAGUGGAGUGAGACGGCGAGUGCGGGGACGACGAUCGGUGGGCCGUCGUUCGAGGGUAGUUUGGAAGGCGUUUCGUCGUCGUCGGGGCAUCAGUCCGUCGUAUCGACGGCUUCGAUUGCGGAACCGCAGUACAUUGAGGAUGUUGCUGGUUCUGGUUUGUCUGCCGUGCCAAGGCCGGAAGUCGAAGCAGCGGAACUUUCAGUCGCUUCGGUCACGUCCAAACCUCUCGAUGCACCUCUACCACCUACACCUCCCAAAUCCGACGUCUCCCUCGCUCCGAUAGCCUCGGGUGCACCAGCCGUUGACCCCAGUUCGGCCGACUUCGACUGGGCGACCCAUGCUUCGAACCUACAACAAGCUAAACGACCGCCGCUGGUCGCUACCCCUUCGAUCCAAGCACCUGGCAUCGCUUCAAUCAUCCGAACGGAUACCUCUUCCCCACAACAGCAGAGGUACUCCCAGCCCGCUGCGAAAGCUACACCACCCCCAACUGCGACGAAGGAGAAGAAGAGUGGAUGGGCACGACUGGGUCUGAGCGUUCGUUCGGGUGCUGCUACGAUGUCGUCUUCUUUGGAGGAGAAGAAGAGGGGCAAAGGAGCUCAGCCGACGAACUCGGCGCCUCAACAACCGCAACGAGAGGCGUUCCAUGUUCAAGAUGGGGCGAGUUUCGCUUCCCAACAACAGCAACAACAACAAGAGAAGGACUCGGGCUUCUUCGGCGGUCUUUUCGGCAAGAAGAAACACGAUCACGAGACGGGCAAUGGAGCCAAUCCUGGCGUCUCGGGUAUGAUGUCGAAGCCUUCCGGACCGCCGACCCCGCCUUUGCAGUCCGAGGUGUCGAAUCGGAUGGCUCCGCCUCCACCUCCACCGACGGCUACGGCGGCGCAAUUGCCGACGGGCGAGUAUGUCAAUUUCUAUCGGCUGCCCAUUCAUGUCGAGAGGGCUGUUUAUCGAUUGUAAGUGCGAAAGGUGUUUGAUGUGUGUGACUUGGGGGCCGGAGGGCUGACCCGGUCGCAGUCUUUCACUAUUCUACAGGAGUCAUAUCAAGCUCGCCAACCCUCGACGACCUCUAUACGAACAAGUGUUGAUCAGCAACCUCAUGUUUUGGUACCUGUCGAUCAUCAAUCGUCCGAGCCCACCGCCCGUUCCCGUCCCUGUGCCCGUACCUUUACCGCCACCGGGUCCGGCACGAGGCCCUUUGGUCAAUGGUGUUCAUACGCCGGACGAAUCGGAUGGUUCUUCCACCUCCGGAUCGGCGGAUUCGUCGCCUUCUGCGUCUCCCGUCGUCCAAGCUUCCCCCGCACAACCUACCCCGAAACGAGGAACGCUGACCAAGAGUGGAGCAGGGAACCGAUCGUCUCCAAGGGAGGUGGCGAUCAAACCGGCGAGGUACGAGCAACAGAAUCGCCAGAUCGAUCAAGAAUACCUUCAACAGCAGCAACAGCAGCAACAGCAGCAUCAACAGCAUCAGCAGCAUCAGCAGCAGCACGCCCCACCUCGUCAAUCGCAAGCCCAGCCCGUGAGCUUUGCUCCCAUCGUCGUCGAUUCUUCCAAGGUCGAGAACUUUGGUUCAUCGAACGCCGGUGCACCCCCCUCUCCCCAGCGUUCUCCCGAUCGUUCCUCAGCCCCAGCGGACAUGUACUCCUUUUCAAAUGGUACAGCGGGCGCCGCGGCCCAAACCGUCUCCUGGAGCUCUCACUCGGACGACCACAGUUCACAGGGCAACCCCGCUCGACGAUCUUCUCCCCCCGUCUCUCCAUCCACGUCGCCCAAUCUUUCCUCCUCCUCUUCUUCAACAAGGACGUUUCCCAGUGCUUCGACCUCGCCUAAACCACCCAAUUCGGGAUUCCAAGUUACUUCGCGAGUGCAGAAGUUGCAGAACCGGUCGAAUUCGUCGGAGGAGAUCGUCAAAUUGUCGUCCGGUUCUCACUUGGGUUUAGGGAUGAUGAAGACCCACCCUUGCACCCCCUCUAGCGCAGAAGGUAAUCGUCGCACGUCCAAUAUCUCGGACAAGUCUUUUGACGAGGAGAGUUUGAUCGAUGCGUAUGGAGUACCGUCGCCGGUGUUGGAGACGAAGGCGUUGGUGGGGACGGCGGGUUUGUUGGAGGGGGUUGUGGGGGGGUGGGCAGAGGAUGGAUGUGGAGAGGUCAGAGUUGGCAGUGUUGGGGACGGGGGGGAAGUGAGGGGUACGGGUGUAUGA